AUGUCGGUGUCGCCUGAACUUGUGGCACGCGUGUUUCACGACGUUGCAUUUCAAAAACCAGAUACGAGAAUCACAGCUUCCACCGUCGCGCUUUCCACAGAAUAUAUGCGCCUUUUUAUCAAAGAAGCCAUAGUGAGAGCGAAUGAUGUGAGACUUGAAGAAGAACCACCAACCGCCAUCGAUGGUAUUGACAAUGUCGUACAGGCAACUCAGUCCCUGCAAAAUGUUGAUCAGUUUGGUGAUACCUCAGUGGAGGAGGAGGAUGUGGAAUUGCCCGAGCAGGAGGAACAGCCGCCUACUUCAAGUGCAAGUACGCUAGAUACGCGGCAUCUAAGAGCUGUGGCGGGAGUACUUGUUCUUGACUUUUAG